GUCCAGGAUGGGGGCCAUGUCUGUCUGGGUCUCAGGCCUCCUGAUUCUCCAGAUGCUGCUCUUUGUGGCUGGGGAACAGGGCACACAGGACGCCACUGCUGCUGCCACUGCCGAGAAGGGGCUCCACAUGCAGAAGGUGGGGUCUGGGUCGGUGCGGGCUGCGCUGGCAGAGCUGGUGGCCCUGCCCUGUCUCUUCACCCUGUGGCCACGGCCAGGUGCAGCCCGAGAAGCCCCUCGGAUCAAGUGGACCAAGGUGCGGACUGCAUCAGGCCAACGGCAGGACUUGCCCAUCCUAGUGGCCAAGGACAACGUGGUUCGAGUGGCCAAGGGCUGGCAGGGACGUGUGUCACUACCUGCCUACCCCCGGCACCGGGUCAACGCCACAUUGCUACUGGGGCCACUGAGGGCCAGCGACUCCGGGCUCUACCGCUGCCAGGUGGUGAGGGGCAUCGAGGAUGAGCAGGACCUGGUGCCCCUGGAAGUGACGGGUGUUGUGUUCCACUACCGAGCAGCCCAGGAUCGCUACUCGCUGACCUUCGCUGAGGCCCAGGAGGCCUGCCGUCUCAACUCGGCCACCAUUGCAGCCCCGCGGCACCUGCAGGCUGCCUUCGAGGAUGGCUUUGACAACUGUGACGCCGGGUGGCUCUCUGACCGCACUGUUCGGUAUCCUAUCACCCAGUCCCGUCCUGGUUGCUAUGGUGACCGUAGCAGCCUUCCAGGGGUGAGGAACUAUGGGAGGCGAGACCCACGGGAACUCUACGAUGUGUAUUGCUUUGCCCGUGAGCUGGGGGGCGAGGUCUUCUACGUAGGCCUGGCCCGCCGCCUGACACUGGCCGGCGCGCGUGCCCAGUGCCGCCGCCAGGGCGCCGUGCUGGCCUCGGUAGGACAGCUGCACCUGGCCUGGCAUGAGGGCCUGGACCAGUGCGACCCGGGCUGGCUGGCCGACGGCAGCGUGCGCUACCCGAUCCAGACGCCGCGCCGGCGCUGCGGGGGCCCAGUCCCGGGCGUGCGCACCGUCUAUAGCUUCGCCAACCGCACCCGCUUCCCGGCGCCGGGAGAGCGCUACGACGCCUACUGCUUCCGAGCUCAUCACCCUACAUCACUACAUGGAAACCCAGAGAUGCCGUCGUCUGGGGAUGAGGGGGAGAUUCUGUCAGCAGAAGGGCCCCCCGCCCAAGAACUGGAGCCCAGCCUGGAGGAGGAGGAGGUAGUCACCCCAGACUUCCAGGAGCCUCUGGUGUCCAGUGGGGAAGAAGAACCUCUGAUCUUGGCAGAGAAACAGGAGUCUCGAGAGACCCCCAGUCCUGCCACUGGGGGCCUCACACUAGCCUCAAGGCCUGCUCUGGAGGCUGAGGAGGUGUGGCUGAGCACGGUGUCCCCCGCCCCCAGCAACGUGGAGGCAGGCACUGCGGUGGGCAUGCACACAGAGGCAACCCCAGCCAGCACCAUGCCCAGGAGGAGGGGGCGCUUUAAAGGGUUGAACGGGCGCCACUUCCAGCAACAGGAACCCCAGCGAGGGCUGAAGGGGGUGCUCCAGGCCAGCGUCCAGCCCCCCACCCCAGAGGUUGCUGGGAAUUACGUGGAGCCUCCCCUGGCCACAGGAGCCACUGACGCCUUGGGGAGUGGCCGGAGCCAAAGCCCCUGGGCUGUGCUGACCAAUGAGGUGGAUGUGCCUGGAGCUGGUUCCCCUGGUGGCAGGAGCCCCCCAGAGCCCUGGCUGUGGCCCCCAACCAUGGUCCCACCCAUCACCCUUGGCCUGGAACUAGAGGAAGCCAAGGGCCCCAGUGUGAGGCCAGCCACCCCCGACCUGCCCUGGUCCUCCUCGGAGGCCACUGCCUUGGCUCCCAACCCCUUGAAGGGCCCCAGCACAGCCCGCUGGGAGGCUUCCCCCACAGUCAUUUCUCCAGACCUCCCUGUCAUGGCCAUGCUUCGUGCCCCCAAACUGUGGCUCCUGUCACACCCUACGCCCCUCCCCACCGAUGCCAGUGAGGUAAAGGGGUAUAGUGAAGCCAUGACCGCUGCCCCACCCUCCCCUGCCUCAGAGAUCGAGGCCAGCCCCCAGGAUCCCAUCCAUCCAGAAGUGUAUUCCCUGCCCUCCUCCUUGGGCCUGACGGGACAAGGUGGAGAGGCCACAUCCCCGACACUCAGCACUGGUCCUAACUCCUUCAGAGCAGACUUCGGAAAAACUGGGGGGGCCAGCCCUACUGGGCUCAGCAAAGCUGAGCACCCCAGAUCCAACCCACAGGCUUCUGUGGAUGGGAAUGUGGUGGCAGCCAUCACUCCCACUGAGACUGCCACUGAGCCCAUGGGAGCCAGAGGCAUCUUGGGGUCUGAGUCUGGGGUCUUCAACACAGCAGAGACCCCCACUUCCAGCUUGCAGGCCAACAUGGACGAGGCACAGGGCAUGUGGCCGUCACUGCACAGUGAAGGGCUAGACCCCCAUUCCCCAUCUGUGCUCUUGGGGGUCCCUGGGGUCUCCUUGAUGCCCAAGGUCACCCCACAUUUGGAGCCUUCGGCUGCUACAGAUGGAGGAGCCACAGUGGGUCCCAUGGAUUCCAUGGCCACACUAGACACCAGCGAUGCUGGUGGGAAUUGGGAACCUGGAUCCCACGUGGUUGAGGGAGCUGAAAGCCCCACCUUGAGCCCUCAAAUGGCUGUGGAUACAAGUGUGGUGAUGUCCCUCAUGUCCCUGGACCUGGGGGACAAGGUUGGGGUCCUGGCCAUGUCCACAAUGGCCUCCUCAAGCUCCCAACCCCAUCCAGAGCCGGAGGGCCAGAUGGUGACCCAGGGCACCCUGAGAGGCUUGGAGCCUCCACAUGAGGGCAGCCCCUCAGGGGAGCCCGCUCUUCCUCCUUGGACACCGACAGCAGCCAGCGAGGACAAGCCCAUUUCAGUUUCCUCGGGGGAGCCUAUAGUGCCAUGGGACUCCCCCAGCACCCUGCUGCCUGCCUCCCUGGGCCCAGAGGAGUUUGAGCUGGAGGUCCUGGCGGGGAGCCCAGGUGUGGAGAGCUUCUGGGAGGAGGCAGCAAGUGGAGAGGAGCCAGCCCUGCCAGGAACCCCUGCAAAUGGGAGUGCAGAGGAGGUCCCCUCGGAUCCCUGUGAGAACAACCCUUGCCUGCAUGGGGGCACCUGUAAAGCCAAUGGCACCAUGUACGGCUGUAGCUGUGACCAGGGCUUUGCUGGAGAGAACUGUGAGAUCGAUAUAGAUGACUGCAUCUCCAGCCCCUGUGAGAAUGGAGGCACCUGCAUCGACGAGGUCAACGCCUUUGUCUGCCUUUGCCUCCCCAGCUACGGGGGCAGCCUCUGUGAGAAAGACACAGAGGGCUGUGACCAUGGCUGGCACAAGUUUCAGGGCCACUGCUACCGCUACUUCGCCCAUCGGCGGGCAUGGGAGGAUGCCGAGAGGGACUGCCGCCGUCGAGCCGGCCACCUGACCAGCAUCCACUCACCUGAAGAACACGGCUUCAUUAACAGUUUUGGGCGUGAAAACACGUGGAUUGGCCUAAACGACAGGAUCGUGGAGAGGGAUUUCCAGUGGACGGACAACACGGGGCUGCAAUAUGAGAACUGGAGGGACAACCAGCCCGACAAUUUCUUCGCGGGUGGGGAGGACUGUGUGGUGAUGGUGGCACAUGAGAGCGGGCACUGGAAUGAUGUUCCCUGCAACUACAACCUCCCCUAUGUCUGUAAGAAGGGCACAGUGCUGUGUGGUCCCCCUCCAGCAGUGGAGAAUGCCUUGCCCAUCGGUGCCCGCAAGGCCAAGUAUAAUGUCCACGCCACUGUACGCUACCAGUGCGACGAAGGAUUUGCCCAGCACCAUGUGGCCAUCAUCCGAUGCCGGAGCAAUGGCAAAUGGGACCGGCCCCAAAUCGUCUGCACCAAACCCAGACGAUCCCAUCGGAUGCGGCGACACCAUCACCACCACCAACACCACCACCACAAAUCGCGCAAGGAGCGCAGAAAACACAAGAAGCACCCAGCAGAGGACUGGGAGAAGGACGACGGGAAUUUCUGCUGA